AUGAAGGACGGCAGCUUACGUAGGGAAAGGUAUCCUUCGAGCAAGCCUGAGUUCUCCCUUGGUGAAAUCCGCAAGGCCAUUCCGGCGCACUGCUUCAAGAGGUCUGCAGCCAAGAGCCUGAGCUACUUGGUCGUCGAUGUGCUGCUUUGCGGCCUGAUGGCUUACGCAUCGAACUGGAUCGAUCAUCCAGCUGUCCCAAGGUGGCUAGCAUACGGUCUUCUGUGGCCUACCUACUGGUUCUGGCAGGGGGCUGUGGCCACCGGCAUCUGGGUCAUCGCGCACGAAUGCGGCCACGGUGCUUUCUCUGAUUCGGAAACCCUCAACGACGCCGUCGGUCUAGUCUUCCAUUCGCUACUGCUGGUGCCCUACUACAGCUGGAAACAUUCCCACCGGCGCCACCACCAGCACACGGGUAGUACCGAUCUCGACGAGGUGUUCGUCCCAACCAUCAAGCCGCCGGGCAGCGAGGUACGUCGGAAGAAGGACAAGCAAUGGUUGAACCCCAUCUACAAGGUGGGUCACAUCUUCGUGCAGCAGGUGCUAGGCUGGCCACUCUACCUGCUGUUCAAUGUGUCGGGACACUACUACGACCGCUGGGCAAAUCACUUCGACCCUUCCUCGCCCAUCUUCACCACCAAGCGCGAACGAAUGGAAGUUAUCAUCAGUGAUAUUGCGCUGGUGGCCGUGAUUGGCGGCUUGGGAGCUCUAUCGCGCGCCUUUGGGUUCCUGUGGCUUCUGAAGACCUACCUCAUUCCCUACCUAGUCGUGAACCACUGGUUGGUUAUGAUCACUUUCCUGCAACACACGCACCCUAAACUGCCCCACUACGGCGAGGGUGAGUGGGACUGGCUUCGAGGUGCCAUGGCCACCGUUGACCGUUCGUACGGCAUUCUGGAUCACGUGUUUCACCACAUUGGCGACACCCACGUGGCGCAUCACCUGUUCUCGUACAUGCCACACUACCAUGCCCAGGAGGCAACCCAGGCGAUCAAAAAGGUUUUGGGCGAUUAUUAUGCAUAUGACAAUCGCAAUGUGUUCCGCGCGCUGUGGGAGGAGCUGGGCUCGUGCACGUGGGUGACUCCGGAUGAGAGUGGCCCCGAGAAGGUCUACUGGUACCGCUGA